AGGGCUUAUGUUCGCUGGGUUGCACAGGCAUUACAGGGAGUUUGAAGGGGAGCAGGACAGGGAGCGUAUGCUCGUGUCCGUGGGGAUACAGACCAGGUCACUGUCUCUGCGCGCCCGGUGCAGUUGUUUCCAGUGAACUUCACGUGUAGUUUAGGCCGCCUUGGUUCCCAAUGCCGCUGCAGAAGGACACCCUGAAAGAGGUCUGGACCUCAGACAGCAUCAACGAUGAAAGGGUGAAUACCGAGAGGCCACUGAAGGUGAGUCCUGGGAAUGUAUGUGUGACAAUGACACGGUGCACCUCUUCCUGUGGGCUUGCCUGUCCUGGGGGAAGGACAGGCGCAGUGUCAUCAUCCUCAAUUGAGUCGCCACCCGUUUGCAGCAGCGAUGAGUCAAGUGACCCUCCCCCCCCCCAUCCCGGAUGACACCGACUGACGCUCCUCCAGGGCCGAUCUGCUCUUAGCGCUAAUCUUCUUAUUGUCCACUCCUUUCUGCUCACGGAGCCUCACUAAAUAGAGCUUUCCACGCAAUUUCCCAGCUCAUCUCUUCAUGGUCACCUGCCGACUUCGCUUCAUUUGACAUUCGGUGUUUGCGUUCUCGGACCAGAGCUGGUCCGUCCCCUGAGCAGACGACACAGGACUGACCAUGUCAGCAGAGAAGCGUUCUCACCCUGAAACCCAAAUCAGAAACCCAAGAAGAAAAAGCAGGAUGUGGAUCUGGUCCAGACAAACAGCACCAAUGCUAAGUCCAAGAAGAAGAAGGACAAGAAAAGUGAGGACGUCUCAGAAGAAGAGAGCCCUGUCAUGAAAGAUGGAAAGAAAGUAAAAAAAAAGAAAGCAGAGAAGGAGAAGAAAGAGCAAGAGAAAAAAGCUGAACCAAAAAAGAAGACAAGAAGUGCCCCCAAGAAAAAGAAAAGUGUAGACAGCGAGGAUGAUGACGACGACGAGAAAGAUGAGGACGAUGCCACUCGGAAGGUCAAGAAGAAGGUCACAAAGGAGAGCACGCCAGCCAACGGCAAGGAGAAGAAGCCAGUUAAAGAGAACAAAAGCGAGUGUGACUCCAAAGCGAAAUCAGCAAAGCCCAAAAAGAAUGAGGCCACCACCCUGUUUCACAUAAAUGGCGAGAAGCCAGAGGUCAAAGGCAAAAAGAAAGCCUCAGCACCCCAGUCAGACAGUGAGCAGAGUGAACCGGAUGAUAAAUCCAGCAAGGUGAAGAAGAAGACUGAUGUCUCGCUGUUCCAGGUAGGAGGGGACAAGGAGAAGGAGAAGGAGAAGGACAAAGACAAAGACAGGAAGAAGAAGAAGAAAGGUCAGCCAGUAGUUAGGACAGUCGGCUCUCCUGAUCAAACCUUAAAAGGUGACCCCAUGUGGCUGAGUUUGUCCCAACAUACGGACGUACAUAGCCUUUCUCACCCAACAGGGCCUUCGAAAGGUGAGGACAGUGAGGUAGAGGAGGAAGAGGAGGAGGUCACGAAGAAGAAGAAGGGAAAAGGAAAGAAGGGGAAAAAGGAAGAACGGGUACCUUCCCCUGUCAUCGAGGUCGACAACCUGGAGGAGUUUGUGCUCCGGCCUGCCCAGCAGGGCGUCACAGUGAAGUGCAGGGUGACUCGAGACAAGAGGGGCGUGGACCGCGGUCUCUACCCCACCUACUACCUACACUUGGACAACGAGAAGAAGGUAUUUUUAUUAGCUGGCAGGAAGCGCAAAAGGAGCACCACCUCCAACUACCUGAUCUCCAUUGAUCCGACAGACCUGUCACGAGGAGGAGAGAACUUCGUAGGAAAGCUCAGGUCCAACCUCAUGGGGACCAAGUUCACUGUGUUUGACAAUGCGGUCCACCCAGACCGGGCCCUUCCUGACAUGUCCAAUGCCCGCCAGGAGCUGGCUGCCAUCAUUUAUGAAACCAAUGUCCUGGGAAUGAAAGGACCGCGGAGGAUGACCGUGAUCAUUCCAGGGAUGGACAAAGACAAUGAACGCGUCCCGAUUCGACCUCGAAGUGAGAACGACGGUCUAUUGACCCGCUACCAGAACAGGAACUUGGAGAACAUGAUCGAACUUCACAACAAGACGCCAGUUUGGAACGAUGAGACGGCGUCGCAUGUGCUCAACUUCGCUGGCCGGGUGACUCAGGCCUCCAUCAAGAACUUCCAGAUCGUCCACACGAAGGACGUGGACUACAUUCUGAUGCAGUUCGGCCGGGUGGCGGACGAUGCAUUCACACUGGACUACAGCUACCCUCUGUGUGCAGUGCAGGCCUUCGCCAUAGCUCUGUCCAGCUUCGACGGCAAGAUAGCCUGCGAGUAGCGGGGGGACGGCCUGCUGUCA